CCUAACAACCAAAUAAUGUACAAGAUAACAGAGAGUGAAACAUCUGCAAUAAACUACUUCCACCUCCAUCCACAGACAGGACACAUAUCUCUAAAACAGUGCUUGAAUGGCACAGACAAUCGAUUCAUAUUCAACAUUACCGCAACCGAUGGAGGCUCCCCGCCUCUGAGUGACCAUGCUUUAGUUGACGUUGAAGUGAAGGGAUGCCCUAAAUGUAGAACCAACAUAAAUUCGCCAAGAUUUUUUGCACCUGUUUACUUUGUGAAUAUCAAAGAAGGAGAAUAUUCAAAAAACAAUCUACACCUUAUUCAGAUAUCUGCCACAGACGACGAUGAUCGUUAUGACGGUGAUAUAUUAUUUGAUAUCCAGAGCGUUUCUAACAACGGAAAUGACAAAUUUAAGUUAGAGCAAGAUCGGUUAAAUACAAAUGCUAAUAUUAUUUGCUCUGGAACCCUAAACAGAGGUGAAACCUAUGUAAUCAUGGUUCGAGCUUCCGACCAAGCUCUACAAAUGGACAGAAGAAGAAGUUCAUCUGUACCUGUCGAGGUCAGAGUUGUUCCAUAAUCAACAAAUUCCAGGAAUGAAAUAUAAUCACAAUUAUUUUCAAAUGGAGAUGUUAGUAGUGCUUAUUGACUGGAUUCAUUGUCAAAUCACUUUGCCUUCUAAAAUGUUGUUUUGAUUGGCAUAUUGUGAUUUUCUUAAUCCGAUUGUUGCCAUCCAAAAGUUCAAUGUGAAAUGAAAACGAAUCCUAAUGUCAUGGAACCAUUUGAUCCGCAUUCAAAUGUGUGCUAUUGUAACAUUUUAUCAUAUAUGUAG